GCGAAAUAUUAUAUAGGGAUCCAGGAAGAGGAUGUGUUUGCUAAUUUACACAUGCUACAAUCCUAGUCUCUCUUUUUAUCUCAGUGUUAUUAUUUAUUGUAUCACACAUUUAACAUGGGAUCGAUGUUAACCGAUACGGUCCAGCAGUACAGGAGAAAAAUAAUUGUGAUCACAAUUUAAACUCGGUUUUGUCUCUAACUGGCUGCCAUUCUGAUCCGACAUGUUGGUGACCGCAUAUUUUGCCAUAAUUGUCCUGCUGGCUCUGUGUGUUGGCCUGGAGUUCACAGCCCGCCGCCUCACCCCCCCUCAGUCCACCCCCACUGCUGUGGCCAACCCGGCUUUCCGUCGUUUCCAGAGUAUAUUUCUACGGGCAUACCUCCUGGCCCUGUGGGCAGACUGGCUCCAGGGUCCCUACCUCUACAAACUCUACCGUCAUUACAGCUUCUUGGAAUCUCAAAUAGCUAUUUUAUAUGUGUGCGGACUGGCCUCCUGUGUCCUCUUUGCUCCUUUUUCAGGCUGGCUCCCUCAAGCUCUGGGCCGCAGACUGACAUGUCUGCUCUUCUGUGUGUCCUACUCCGCCUGCUGUCUCACCAAGCUGUCCAGGGACUACUUUGUUUUAAUUGUGGGUCGCAUCCUUGGGGGGCUGUCCACAUCCCUGCUUGCCACCACCUUUGAAUCCUGGUAUGUGCACAGACAUGUAGAGGUCCACGACUUUCCUAAAGAAUGGAUCCCCAGCACCUUUAAUAAAGUUGCCACCUGGAACCAUGGCCUGGCCGUGGGUGCGGGGCUUGUGGCUAACUUGCUGGCUGAGUGGCUGCACCUUGGACCAGUAGCUCCCUUCCUGCUGGCUGUACCCUGCUUGGGCUGCUGCGGUUGGGUGGUACUAACAGACUGGGGUAAGGAGGAAGCGGAAGGAGGUGAAGGAGAGAAACAAACAAUGAUACAUGGCUCUGCAAAUGGAGGUGUUGCUCGUUUGUCUGCUAAAGAGCGAUUCUCACGCAGCUGCCAUGACGGACUGCGCUGCUUGCUGUCGGACAAGAGGGUCCUGCUCUUAGGUGGAGUGCAGGCGCUGUUUGAAAGUGUCCUCUACAUAUUUGUUUUUUUGUGGACUCCGGUUCUUGACCCUCAUGGUCCCCCUCUAGGAAUCGUCUUCUCCUGCCUCAUGGCUGCCAGUAUGGUCGGCUCUCUGCUGUACCGCUUAGCCACUUCAACUCGUUAUCAUCUGCAGCCUGGUCAGGUGCUCUGCCUUGCCAUCCUGAUGGCCUUCUUCUCAUUUUUCAUGCUAACCUUUUCUACCGUGCCAGGGCAGCCGAGGCCUCAUGAUUCCUUCCUAGCCUUCCUGCUGCUGGAGCUGGCUGGUGGACUUUACUUCCCUGCAGUCAGCUUCCUACAGCGAAGAGUAAUCCCAGAGGAGAAACGGGCCGGUGUCCUGGCCUGGUUCCGACUACCGCUGCAUCUGCUUGCCUGCCUAGGACUGCUGGCACUCCACGGGGAAGUCUCUGGGACAGGAGGUGGAGAGGGCGGCGGUGGCACCAGACACAUGUUCGGAGGCUGCGCCGCCAUGAUGCUGGCAGCUCUGAUGGCUGUCAUCAGUCUUUUCACCCUGAGCAGGAAUGACUCAGACCUCAGACUGGAGGGAUGCAGAGGGGAGGGGGAGAUGGAGUGAAGCUGCAGAUCCAUUAAAGAAAUAACUGAUAAAAUAUUUUAUCUCUGUCGGACUUGACUGGAAUAAACUUGUGUUUAUAUUUGCCAAUAAAAGAUAUCAACAAGGAUGUUCAGUAAAUUUAAGCUUAGGUUUUUGUCUUUGCUUGUUAUUACUUUUUGGGUUAUGAAGCUUUAAUGCAUCCUGUUGUACAGGGUUUGAGUGUUUCUACAACAAAUUUCAGAUCAGUUAUACGUAGCUCCAUAUGUCCAUCUUUAUGAAGCAAACAGUUUUAAAUAAAGGUCAGAGCCUUCAUUAUGGUCAGCAACAUAAAAGCUUUACAAAAAAAAAAAA